UGAACGUGUCUGGGCAAUGCCUGUGGCUCUGGAUGGAGUCAUCACGGAUGAGGCAGCCGAGUUGGCUCGGUCAGGGAGCACUCGCUGCUCUUUUUAAACUCCACGGCACCAGGGAUGAAGUCACCUUUUAAAACUAGCUGACUUGUUCGUGAGUCGCUGUCACUGCUGUUAGAACUUAGUGGUUUUUUUUCCCACGGCUGGGCACCAGAACUUUCUCUCAGGCAUGUAGCAGGAGACAAAGGGGCCCAGGAUCUCUGCCCCGACAUGCAGGCGUUUGAUGAGAGCUGCAUGCACGAGGGGCUAGGUGGAAGCAUGGAUCUCAGUGGAAACUGGACUCUGGAGGACGGAAGCUGGCUGUCACCCACUGGGGAUCGCCACUUCCCCAACGGCAGAGGCGAGAGUGAUUUUGUGGACACCACUCCCGCAUCUUUCAGCCCGGAGGAGUUAGCUCCUCCCCCCAUCUGCUACAGCCCCGGCAGUCCUGCGCAGAUUCUAGAAGACCACGCCUACUUCUACCCAGACUUGCAGCUCUAUUCUGGGAGGCAUGAAGCACCUACUUUGACAGUGGAGGCAAACGGAGGCCUGAGGGGGAAAAGCGUAGAGGACCCUCUCUCCAGCUUCCACUCCCCAAACUUCUUGAGGACGCCGGAGGUGGAAAUGAGAGGUUCUGAGGAUGUAGCUUCUGGAAGAGUGUUACAGCGGCUGAUCCAGGAACAACUGCGCUAUGGCACCCCAACCGAGAACAUGAACCUGCUGGCCAUUCAGCACCAGGCCACAGGGAGUGCAGGGCCAGCCCACAGCACCAACAACUUUUCUUCCACGGAAACCCUCACUCAAGAAGACCCACAAAUGGUCUAUCAGUCGGCCCGCCAAGAACCGCAGGGUCAAGAACAUCAGGGAGACAAUACGGUGAUGGAGAAGCAGGUCCGGUCCACACAGCCUCAACAGAACAACGAGGAGCUGCCCACGUACGAGGAGGCCAAGGCCCAGUCCCAGUUCUUCAGGGGACAGCAGCAGCAGCAGCAACAGCAGCAGCAGCAACAACAACAGCAGGGACAGGGGCCCCUCGGCCACACUUACUACAUGGCCGGAGGUACCAGUCAGAAGUCCCGCACCGAGGGGAGGCCCACCGUGAACCGGGCCAACAGCGGACAAGCACAUAAGGAUGAGGCCCUAAAAGAACUAAAGCAGGGCCAUGUCCGGUCCCUCAGUGAGAGGAUCAUGCAGCUGUCGCUGGAGAGGAAUGGAACUAAGCAACACCUCCCCAGCUCGGGAAAUGGAAAGAGCUUCAAAGCUGGAGGAGAGCCAUCUCCUGCCCAGCCCGUCUGUAAAGCACUGGACCCUCGUGGCCCUCCACCUGAAUACCCCUUCAAGACCAAGCCAAUGAAAUCCCCAGUCAGCAAGAACCAAGAUCACGGUCUUUACUACAGUGACCAGCACCCUGGGGUACUCCACGAGAUGGUCAAACCUUACCCAGCACCUCAGCCUGCGAGAACAGAAGUGGCCGUCCUGAGGUACCAGCCACCCCCAGAGUAUGGCGUCACCAGUCGCCCCUGCCAGCUGCCUUUUCCCUCCACGGUGCAGCAGCAUAGCCCCAUGUCCUCUCAGACUUCCUCCAUCAGUGGUCCUCUGCACUCGGUCUCCCUGCCUCUUCCACUUCCCAUGAGCCUGGCGGCUCCACAGCCCCCACCGGCCUCCCCCAGCCAGCAGCUCGGACCAGAUGCCUUCGCGAUUGUGGAGAGAGCCCAACAAAUGGUAGAGAUCCUCACAGAGGAGAACCGUGUGCUUCACCAGGAGCUUCAGGGCUGCUAUGACAACGCCGACAAGCUCCACAAGUUUGAAAAAGAGCUGCAGAGUAUCUCAGAGGCCUAUGAGAGCCUGGUCAAGUCCACCACCAAGCGUGAGUCCCUGGACAAGGCAAUGAGAAACAAGCUCGAAGGCGAGAUAAGGAGGCUUCAUGACUUCAACAGAGAUCUCCGAGAUCGACUGGAGACAGCCAACAGGCAGCUGUCCAGCAGGGAAUAUGAAGGGCACGAAGACAAAGCUGCAGAGAGCCAUCACAUGUCCCAGAAUAAAGAAUUCUUGAAGGAGAAGGAGAAGUUGGAAAUGGAGCUGGCAGCAGUGCGGACGGCGAGCGAGGACCACCGGAGGCAUAUUGAGAUCCUGGACCAAGCUUUGAGCAAUGCCCAGGCCAGAGUGAUCAAGCUGGAGGAAGAGUUACGAGAGAAGCAAGCCUAUGUGGAGAAGGUGGAGAAGCUGCAGCAGGCCCUGACCCAGCUGCAGUCUGCGUGUGAGAAGCGAGGGCAGAUGGAGCGCAGGUUGCGGACCUGGCUGGAGAGGGAGCUGGAUGCUCUGAGGACACAGCAGAAACAUGGGAAUGGCCAGCCCGUCAAUCUCCCGGAAUAUAAUGCUCCUGCCCUCAUGGAGCUUGUGCGGGAGAAGGAGGAGCGGAUUCUAGCCCUGGAGGCCGACAUGACCAAAUGGGAGCAGAAGUACCUGGAAGAGAGCACCAUCCGACACUUUGCCAUGAGCGCCGCCGCCGCUGCCACGGCCGAGAGGGACACUACCAUCAGCAACCACUCAAGGAAUGGCAGCUAUGGUGAGAGCUCCCUGGAGGCCCACAUCUGGCCAGAGGAAGAGGAGGUGGUGCAGGCCAACAGGCGGUGUCAGGACAUGGAGUACACUAUUAAAAACCUCCAUGCCAAAAUCAUAGAGAAGGAUGCCAUGAUAAAAGUCCUGCAGCAGCGAUCCCGUAAGGAUGCUGGGAAGACUGACUCUUCCAGUCUGCGGCCUGCCCGCUCUGUCCCAUCCAUUGCUGCGGCCACCGGGACACAUUCCCGUCAGACUUCACUGACCAGCGGCCAGCUGGCAGAAGACAAGAAGGAAGAGAAGACCUGGAAGGGGAGUAUAGGAUUCCUGCUGGGGAAGGAGCACCAGGGACAGGCUUCUGCCCCUCUGCUGCCAGCCACACCUGCCUCUGCACUGUCCCCGCCGACCUCCACCACAUCAGCCAGCAGCACCCACGCCAAGACAGGCAGCAAGGACAGCAGCACGCAGACCGACAAGAUCACUGAGCUCUUCUGGCCCAGCAUGGCUUCCCUCCCGAGCCGCGGCAGGCUCAGCACCGCCCCUUCCAACAGCCCCGUCCUGAAACAUCCAGCUGCCAAAGGAACCGUGGAGAAACAGGAGAACUCUCCUGGGCACGGGAAGUCAUCAGAACACAGAGGCCGAGUCAGCAGCUUGUUGCAGAAGCCUGAGUUCCCGGAUGGAGAGAUAAUGGAAGUGCUCAUCUAACCGUCGUCCUGUGGAGUGUGGUGCCAGCAUGCUGACAGACGCACUAGAGGCUGCAAGAAGAGAGAAGAUCCAGAUGGUCAGUUGCAGUAGCAACUGCAAAACCAGGACAGCUGUGGACACCGUGUCACAGUGUUACCAACGCAGCUGGCUCGUGUCACAGUGUUACCAACGCAGCUGGCUCGUGUCACAGUGUUACCAACGCAGCUGGCUCACUUGUCUGCAGAGGGAGUGAAAGAGAACGCAUGCAGGCUGAGAAGCAGAGUUGAGGAGGAGUGGAAUUUUCCAUUGUAGAGAAAUUGUAUGUUUUGGGGAGGUUCCAUGCUUCCCCGUUCUUGGCUGAUAAACAGAUGAAGAAAAGCCAGCCUUUCCUUGGAAUGACCUUCUUCCCUUUGUCUCUUAGCAGGUUUGGUUUAAGAAGAAUCUUGGCAUAAUGUAGUGUGUGUGUGUGUGUGUGUGUGUGUGUGUGUGUGUGUGUGUGUGUGUGUGUGUGUCCUUAGCAGAUACAUCCAGGAUAAUGGGGGAUUCCACAGGCAAGUUUUGUCACCUUCUUGGCUGUUUUCAUUUGUGGUUUGUGGUUUCAGAGAGUGUGAGGCUUUGCUUGUCUGGAUUGAAUGGUAUUUUCUGAGCAGGAUGGGAGAGAGAUGCCCUUGGCCCUCAUCCGCCCUGACUUCUUUGAACUUAUCUGUCUUGUCUCUACUUAUUAUUUUGUUGUAAUUUUUUUCUGUUUAAUUAGACAUAGCAGAGUUCCUUACGUAUGGGACUUAGGAGACUACCAUCCAUGCUGUGGUGUCCAAUUGGACAGAGCCUCCUGUUGACACCCCGGCUGCUUCCCCACACCUCUGCUUAGCCAAACUGCAGCUGUCAAUCUUACUGUGAGCUAGGGAAACUUGGAUGAGGAGUCCAUGAGUCGAUAGAUAGGGUAACAUCGUGCCCUGAUGUGCCUCUCAUUCACAUCCGCUCUCUUGCAAGGAACUUGACAGUCACACCCCAAUGCCCUGUAGGAAGGCUUCCUUGUGAGCAGGCACCACAGGAACCCCAUGAUGGCUUAUGCAGAGCUCUCUGGGUGGCUGCGAGAUCUCACAGGCAUCCCCCAGCCACUUUCUGUAUCGGAAGCUCUCAGUUCUGUUCAUUGCUCCCUCUGGCCUCCUUCUGCCCUGGCUCCUGUUGAUGAGCACAGUGCCGUCCCUGAUCAGUUCUUUCUUCCUGUGAAUUUGCUUCGUAGCCCAUCAGGCUGGUAGACUGGCAGCACGGUCAGUGUCACCCGAGGGACAGGACUUCCCUGAAGUGAAGCAGCAAUGUCAUGGAAGCGAACCCCUGUGAGCGAGAGACAGGCCCCGAGGCUGCUGCCACAAGGUCUCAUGUUCAUUGCUGGGGACACUAGCUUCCUACAAACCCCAGGAGACGCUGCCCAUAGCACGGGUGGCCCUUCAGGCUCCUGAACUAUCUAUCCCCAGAUCAGUAGGAUUUGUUUUCCAAGUCCCCUUCCUCAUUCCUUCUUUGCUCAAGAGAAAAAAGAAAAGUGGUAACUCUGUGACUCUAAGUCCCUCUUAAAUGCAGCGCUGAAUCUAGCUUGGCUCGGAGAUCUCUGACUUGUCCCUAGGGUGAGACUGUGGCCUCCCCAGGUUGAGGUGGCACGUGUAUUGUGAGAGAUUAGCCUGGAGAGCAGAGAAGAGGGGGAGGGGGGAUAGGGAGGAGAGAGCAAUCGUGUCUCCCUACAGGACCCUGGGCCAUCUGACAAGACAGAGGAGGUGGGACUGGCUUCCCCAUGCUGCACAUGGCAGUGGGAACCAGGCUUGGAGUCCCCCACCCCCUCCUUAACCUCUUCUCUCAGACCUUGUAGCCCUAGCUUGCCCUGUGCUCUGCAGGGAAGGGGAUGAGAGGACAGCAUAAGAAGUCUUGCCAGUUGAGGUGGGGCUGGAAGAUGAAGCAGGUGGGUGUAGGAAUCAUUUUGGAUAGGGCAUGUUGUUUGGUUGACGGCAACUAAUUCUCUUAAGAGCAUAUUGUCUCCAGUUAAUGUUGGAGACAACCCAGAAAGGGAAGGGUAUAGAGAUGGGUAAUUAAUGAGAUAUUCCAGCCCUGGAGCAAUGUCUGAGCCACCCCAAACUUAGGCUGUCUCCCAGCAUAGGAGUGGGGCACUGCCCCUUACUCAAAUUCUAGUCUAAGUGUUCCAGACACAUUGUACACUUGGACAGGAAAUCUCCUGUUCCAGCAUACCCUCUCCCCCAUACCCUCUCCCCCAUACCCCCUCCCCCAUACCUUCUCCCCCAUACUGUUAGUACGUUUCAGUUGUUCAAAAGCAAAGGGGGCGCAGACUAGGCUUUAACUGCAUGUGGAGUGUAGAUUUUGCCUAAGAAUCCAUGUUGAAGAAGAGAGAGGCUAUGUCUUUAAGGUCGAGGCCCUUCAGUCUUCUGUCCUUGUAAUUCUCUUGAAGCGUGAGCCCCAGGCACUCAGAAGCCAUGUUGUACUCCGGGAAGUUCAUGGGACCUGAACUCCUUCAACACCGGGAACAACAGUACUGCAUAGGUACUUUGGUACUGACUGUGCAAGCACUAGAAAAAGUACCCGUUGAAUGGCCCUCACAGCAUCAGGGAAACGAGGCCGAGUUCACUCUCCUGAUUGCUCAGAUGCAGAAGCUGGACCCGUGAGGUGUACCAGCCCACCUCCAAGCUUGACACAGAGGCUAGCACUUAAAGCAAAGACUCAGAAGAGGAGUCUCAGUCACAGGCUGCACAGCCUUGAACAUGAUAUCUAGAACUAUGCCUGGGUGAUCGGUGGCCCAACUUGUGACACUUGUGUGCACAUAGGGAAGCUGACGCUCCUCUCGGGGCCUGAAAACAGGACUAAACCCAAACCCCAUAUAACUAACCAUACCACUGCCAUCCACAGGCGUGGAUGGAAGUCUUCACGGUCUGUUACAAGCACAAGUACAAAGCCGAUAAAAAUAAGUCAAAGCCCUUCCUCGUGGUGCAGAGGGCUCCUCCUCAGAUCUCUUGGAGCCUUUGAUCAUAGAGCUUGACGGUCUCCUCUCGGGAUAAAGGACAGGUAAAGGCUGUGGCCUUCAGCGGUGACUGCCCCACACCCUGCUUUCCUUAGGGGUGGAGACAAGGAAUGGUGGGGCCAGUGUUGUUCAGAGAGAAGUCUCUCUUUGGAGCCCAUGUAUGGGGCUUGACCUUUUGCUGUGAGUGCAUUUAGAGGCAAGUGAAUUCUGGCCUCAGUACAGAGAACCCAGCGGUUUCAGCACUCAAGAAAGAAGCCGCAGUGUCCCCUACAGAGAGGCUCUGUCCUGCUUGGCCCCAGCCACCUGCGCCACACAUUUAAUAAAGUGGCUGAAACUCCUCCUUUCCAAGAGCUAGUGUGCUGGGUCCUGUCCUCCCCACAGCCUUCUGAGUCCCAGAGACUUGUGUGAGCAGUCGGAUAAGGCCAAUCUGGGAGACAGGGGAUGACCAUGACACAAGGUGUUUCCAGGCAGGUCCCUUGUGCGUAGGCUGCAGAAAGCUGUCCUGACUGGGAGCUUGGGUUGUACGAACACAUGGUGCCUUCUUUGUCUGUGCUGAACGAGUAGGGUGUGUUUCUCUGUGUUCUCUGAGUAAGAUCACACCCUCUUUAAGCAAAGGGGUGUUGUGGAUAUUAGAAGCAAGAUUGAUAAAUGUUCUUAAAUGGUGGUGCUAGAGAAAAGUCAGUCCCCGUAACUUCCUAAAAGCUGAGUCAGCCAGUCUCUAAGUAUGUACAUGUUGGCUUUCUUCUAUUUUUUUUCUAGUUAAUCAGUGUGUUUUAAAUGUUUUUAGUUGAUGUGAGGAUUUUUUUAAAGGCAUUUGUGUGUGGUGUGGCUCCAUGGGAGAUAGGCUGUGUAAUAAGAACCCUCAGAAGCCAGCCAGUCAUCCAAGGGGCGCCCAAGUUCAGUGGAUUUCUUCAGGAAUUGGAGAGCAGUAUUUUUCCCUCUUUUCAGUAGUAUGCCUGUUCUCAUUUAGUAAUUUAAUGGUAUAUUGCAUUAUAUGUGAAUGCAUACAUAAACGGUGGAAUUUCUCUUAAUAUCCAAAAAAGUCCUUCUGUUGCCCUCUGAGCUCUCUCCUUGGGGAGGACUGCAGGGCUCACUGUGUAAAAUGGUUGUGGACUCCUCUAGCAGAAUGGCUUCCAAGGCCUGGCCCAUUCCUCAGAUUCCCUUUGAAGUGAGAGGUCAUUGUCUUUUGAGAAUGGAUUUAAGUUUUGGAAAUACCCCACGCUGUUCACAGUGCAAGCGACUGAACACAGAACAAUUAGUCAGAAUCAGAAUCCCAGGGCCAUCAAGAUGACUCCACGGAAAAGGGACUGCCACCAACCAGAGCCAAGACCUGAGUUUGGUCCCCAGGAACCCCAUGGCAGCAGGAGAGAGUCAGCCGAUGCAAGUGUCACACACACACAUAAACACACACAUACACAUGCAACACAUACACACAAACACAUACAUACACACACACAAACACAUACACACAUGCACACACACACACACACACACACACACACACACAGAGUUUUUGGAAGAAUAUCUAUGAUGUAGGAAAAGGUUUGUUAGUACCUGCAACCUCUAGGGCCUCAUUUCCAAGCCUGCUGCUUCUCUUGCCAGGACUUAUACGUGUGCAACCCCUGCGUACACUACAGACCUAAGUACAUACUCGCUAACAUGAACACCCAGUAGGUAUUCUGUAAAACGGAUAUACUUAAGUGCAUGUUAUUGUCGUGUGUGCCGCGACUGAGCUGUGUCUUUGUCAUGAAACUUUGCUUCUUUGCCAAAUUAAGACUCUGCCCUCCCUCCGAGGAAGGAAAUAUACAGCAGUUUCUGGAAUCAGCUUCUCAAGUUUUCCCGCCUGUGUUGUGUUUACUUGUGGCUUUGCCUGAGAGUCUGUCCUCACGUACACACCUGUGAGUAUUUAUUACAAGGCAGAACGGGGACAGGCGUAGCCAUAGUACUUGUGUUUGAAUGUUUCCAGGGAGGGACAAUGGAGCCCCCUCCUCAGUGAGGUGCUCACAGAAUCUGUGUCAAAUUCUGUGAACGGGGUCCAACACUAGUACCAGCUUCACCCCAACCCUGAGUGCCCUGGAGCCACUGCCCUCUCUACUGCCUUGUGUGUGCAUGGGUGUGGUUGUGUGUGUGUCUCUGUUGGGGCAUGUGCCGCAUUUCGCAGUGGACUUUGGUAUCCACAUGUAACCUUUGGCAUCUGUGUUCCUGGACCGCAUUGACAGAUCUGUGGUGUGCAGAUCUGUGUAGAUGGGUCUGUGUGCAAAGUGGGGAGUCCCCUGAAAGUGACUAUGGAUAUUGUUGGUCAGCCAAAGACUUUCCUAUUCUUUGCUGCUUAAACUUUGUGCCUUAAUAUUGUAAAUAUAAACGGUUAAAACAA